AUGGGGAAACAAGAGGAGAUCCUCAGAAAAAUGGCAAUUCUGUUGAGAAUUCGAAGUAUUCUAGUAAAGCAAUGCCUGGCCGAAUGCUUGGGAACAUUAAUUCAUACCAUGCUUAGCUGUGGAGCAAUAGCACAGUUCACACUUAACUGUGGCACACACAGUCAAUUUCUGUCUGUCACCUUUGCCAUAGGAUUUGCAGUAGCUCUGGGCAUAUUGGUAACCAGCAAAGUGUCAGGAGCUCACCUGAAUCCAGCAGUGACCUUUGCUUUGUGCUUACUUGCUUGUGAGCCUUGGUUAAAAUUCCCUUUCUUCUUUUUGGCACAAACAGUGGGUGCCUUUCUUGGAUCAGGGAUAAUGUUUGGUUUGUAUUACGAUAAAUUGUGGCUUCAUGGAAAUAAACAACUAACGGUAAUUGGACCAAACUCAACUGCUGGGAUAUUUACAAGUUUUCCACUUGAACAUGUGAGUGCACUCAAUGGCAUUUUUGAUCAGGCAAUUGGGACUGCAGCUCUCAUAUUGUGUAUCCUUAUCAUUGUGGAUCCUUUACACACCCCAGUGCAGACGGGGCUGGAAGCUUUCACCAUCGGUGGUGUGGUUCUUAUUAUUGGCUGGUCAAUGGGAUCAAAUUCCCAGUACUCAUUAAAUCCUGCCAGGGAUAUUGGACCUCGCUUGUUUACGGCUAUUGCUGGUUGGGGAUCUGAAGUUUUCACUGCUGGAAGCUAUUGGUUUUGGAUUCCACUUGUCAGCCCAAUCAUUGGUGCUAUUUUGGGCGUUCUGAUGUACCAAUUCACUGUGGGAUUACGUGUUGAUACAAGAAAUGACUCCUCAUCCAAUGUAGAGCAAAAUGUAAAAUUAAUGGGCCAGGAAACAAAGGGAAGGUGCUAAU